AUGUCGACGACCAGCUUUAACCCGUCUUACGCCAAAUCGAAAUCCAAGCAAGGCAGCAGAGCAUCUCUAACACCGGCUUUAAGAGCCUGGAAGAACUCUCUCCAUGCCAUGCAGUUGCUAUCGGAUGGCGACGUCGUCUUCUCCAACGAUUCAAGCAGCAAUCUCGGCGCUCGAUCCAGAUGGCGACGGCGUGGAAAGGCACCUACGGAGGCCUUACGUCAAUCUCUUCCCAACGUCGAGGAACAGGAACACGAUGAAAACGAGGAGCUGACUAAACGCCCUGAUUUCCCACUAGCACGCUGUGAACUAGACCGAACACAACAAACCGCCAUCUACCCAUCCCCGGUCUCCGUUCCGCCGAUAUCGUUGCCGGGGCGUAUGGGACACCAUGUCGCGGCAUGGCUCAACCAACAACAGGACCUGGAGCCAAUGGUGCCUCCAGCACUAGAAGCACUAGAAGCAGCACAAGCAGCGGAAGUUCCCGAUGAAGGUUUUCCGGAUUCGAGUCCAGUACUGGCGUCACGUCUCCCGACGUUGUUCCGCGCCAUUGAGGACGCAAAGCAAUCCUGGAUUCAGGCUGCUGAUCAAUGGAAGCUGAAUACUCUUUCUGUCACUGAAGCCGCCAUCGCUGCGGUGACGUCUCUGAGUCACCGUAUCAGUGUCGGGCGAGCAAUAUCGGACACUCAUCUCUGCACUGCCGACGUCAGGAGAUCUCUCAGCCAGGGAGUAGAGCUGAUGCUUCUGCUUGCUGGUGGCGGCAUUGCAGAUUCUCAGCAUACGAGGAACGCUGCGUUUGAUUGUCUUGUCUUUGAGACAUUGCUGCAGGCGAGUCAAGAUGUCUUUCUCUCUCUCUCAACGGUGACUGUGCGUGGCAACUCUGAGGGCCGGUAA